AACGAGAGAUUAAAAAAAAGAGAGAAAAAAAAAAAGGCGCAGCGGGGUAAACGUACACUGCGUCUGUUAAAUAAUAUAAAAAGCGACGCCUGAGGCUGUAGCGCAACGUCUGAAUCACGGUGUCAUUGUGCGGUAAUUACUGAGGUGCUACAGCAGGUUAAUAGAGAGCUACAGUUCAGCAUUCAGCGGCGUGACCGCUGAGUGCUCCUACCAUGGACCUGCAUAAUAAAGACGCAGAUGAUGUUCUGCCUGUGGUUAUUGUAGGUAAUGGCCCUUCUGGAAUUUGCCUAUCAUACCUACUAUCAGGAUACACACCUUAUUUCUCUCCUGAGGCUUUUCACCCCAAUCCAAUUCUACAUCAAAAACUUAAAGGGAACUCUCAUCUGUCUUUGUUUGAACAGGAUCUGGAGUAUCUGUGUGAAGGCUUGGAAGGCAGAUCAUCAAAUCCUUUGGCCGUACUUUUUGAUUCAUUGCUCUUACCAGAUAGUGACUUUGGACAGAACUGUGCCUCACCAUUGGUAUGGCGAUUUGAGCCAGAAAGAGCAAUGACCCACCUUGUGCUUGGAAAAGGACCACCUGGAGGAGCAUGGCAUGCUAUGGAGGGAUCCAUGUUAACUCUUAGCCUUGCUAAUUGGAUGGAGCUUCCUGGACUCAAACUGAAGGAUUGGAUGAGAGAGAAACGCAGGAGUGUUCGCAAUGACCGUGCCACAUCAGCAGAUAUCGCCUCCUACUACCAGCACUAUGUGAAUACGAUGGGUCUGAGUAACAACUUUGCCCCUAGUACUACAGUAACCUCAGUGCAGCGUGUCUCUCUUCGCUCAGGCCAUUCUGGCUGGCACAUCCAGGGCAUACAGAGGUUAGACAAUGGAGAUGAGGUGCCCUUCUCGGUGCAGGCGGAGAAUGUAGUGCUGGCCACAGGCACCAGUGAUUCCCCAGCCUGCCUUGGAGUUGAAGGAGAGUCACUACCUUUUGUUUGCCACAGCUUUGGAGAGUUUGAGUCAGUCAUCUCAAGUGGAACCCUGUGCAAAUCAUCAGAGCCUGUGCUUGUGGUUGGAGCAGGGCUUACUGCUGCUGAUGCUGUUCUAUGCUCCCACCACCUCAACGUACCCGUAUAUCACGCGUUCCGAAGAGACGUCUUAGACCCAGCACUCAUUUUCAACCAGCUGCCCCGUCUUCUCUACCCCGAGUACCACAAAGUUCACCAGAUGAUGAGCCAGCAGCAGUAUCAGCCAAGCCCUUCGCUACCCAAUCUACUGUCCCAGCAGAUGGCAUCAACAGACAAUGACCACAAUCAAUUAUCCUGCUCAUACCCAGGAUAUAUGAGCUUCUCAAAACACCGUGUUGUAUCUUUUAAACCCAAUGGCAAGUGCAUUCUGGAGGCAGAGGAUGGGCACCAUGUGGUGCUGCAGGUCUCCUUAGCCCUUAUUUUGAUUGGCUCGCAACCUAAUCUGUUCUUUUUGCCUGAGGAGGGUCGGCAACUGGGGUUUGAGCUGGGUCAGCCAAUCAACUGUCGGCGCAACCCAAUUAAGGUGGAGCCAUACACUUAUGAAAGCGUGCAGGAAGUGGGGCUUUAUGCCCUGGGUCCCCUAGUCGGUGAGAACUUUGUGCGCUUUCUCAAGGGUGGUGCACUAGGCUCUGCAUGUCAUCUAAUGCAAAAAAAGAAGGGAGAAGUGACUGUGUCCUACAAAAGCCUGAAUGUCGAUGAGAGAGGUUAAAAAAAAAAAAAAAAAAAGAAAAGUAGUGAUGGCUCCACAGGAAAGCCAAUGUUUAUUUCAGACUUUACCUGCUCCUGGAAGAAAAAAAAAAGAAGGAAUCAGUAAAUUGUGUUAAGGGGACUUUCCUUGUUAAUGAACAAAGGGCCUCAUUUACCAAUUGCCAAAAAACAUUACACCAGAUUUUAAAAUGUUUCCAAAACUCUGGAUUUCUUUGUACCCGUGUGCAUGCAGUAUGUUAAUCCAUACAGUUGCCAACUCCAAAAAAACCGCACACUCACUGUGCUAAUGUAAGGUUAUAUCGAGACAUUAGGCCAUGUCACUGGGAAUAAAAACAUACAGUAACUAACUGUGUAACGGAACCUGUAAGUAUCUGGAGUGGAAUUACAGAAAAGGUCAAUCUGAUUGAAUUAAAUGGCUAAAAAUAAUAUGAUUUAACAUGAUAUAAGAGAUACAUUAAAAACAUUGAAUGUAGCCAGGUAAUCCAGCACACAAAUUAUUUUACACAUAGAAACUUCAAUUAUAUUAUUAUUUUAUAAUCAUUAAAGCAUAUUUUUACUGGGCUCAAUAAAUCCAUCACACACUAAUGUGCCUUCAUGCAGUAUACUUUAAAGUAUAUUGCAUAUUUGCAGCCUGUGGCAUAUUAGAUUGCUCAUUUAUCAGUCACUUAGUGACGUCUAUAAACAAGUGUUACAGCUUAAAAAAAGAUGCCGUGGCAAAAAGAAAUCCUGUAUUGAGCCAUUACAACCCACAGCAGCCUUCUUUCAUAACUGAAUGCCUACAUUUAUUUAGAUUGAAAGUCAAAAUUUAUAUGUAUGGUAUAUGUAUGGGUGGGCUUGCUUGCUUGGGCUUUCUAAAAUGAUUAUUUAUGAUUUAUUAUUAAAUAAUUUUUUUAUACAACAUGAUAAAUGAGGCCCUCUGAAAAGUUUGACCAAAUGUGUCUUAAAAUUUACUUGCUACAAAAUUUGUCUUCACAUGACCUACAGCAAGAGAAAUCGCAAAAGAUCUUGAAGAAAUAAGAAUGGAAGGCAAGCUAAGCAACUUGUCCACGAAUGGCAUGUUAACGGGGAAGAAUGAACUGAAAUGAUUGGUGCCAUUAAGAGGAAUGUUAUGUUUGAACUUGAAAUGUUGGAAUGUUAAGAAGUAAAUGCUGCCCAAGCAGUUAGUUUACAGCAGUUAUUUUCUUGAUUGCAUUGUGUGUACACCCUGAGACAGUUGUGCUAGUUUUUGUGAAACUGCAUCCGUCAAGUAAUUAGCUGCUGUACGCGAAGCAAUCAGGGAUUUUAUUUAUUUUCAAGUUGUUUGGGAACAUGUAAUUUGCGAUAUAAUAUAUUUGUACGCAUUUUUCCAAGAAAAAUGUAUAUGCUUGUUAUGGGACUUUUCAUUUUAAAGACUCCAUGUUUAAGGUAGUAAUGAUGGACAACAAUAAUUCUUCACAUGAAGAAAUUUGGAAUUUGCCAAGCAAAUUAGGUUUUGUACCAGUCCUGGUACUUUAAUUCAUUUACUGGUAAAAAGUAAUAAAUACUGAAUAUCUAUAGAGAGUCUAGCCUGAAAACACCAAGCAGUCUCUAUAAAUCUGCUUGUCAUAGGUUUGACUAAUGAAACAUAGUUUGCUAAUCAAUCAAGAAGACAUAAAUCAUCCUGUAUAUAAAUAACCACUAAAUACACUAAUUGCAGUGUAUUACUUUAUAGUAAAUGUCCUUUCAGAGUACACAUUAAGGAGGCUUUGAGAAUAGAAACAAUAUAUUUGGGCCAAAUUUUUUAAAUAUCUAUAAAAAGGAUUUUUUUUUUUUUUUUUUUUAAGAAUUUAUUGUGUAUGUGGUAAAAGCGUCCACUUUUAUGACAAACAAGACAAGGCACUAGAUCUUGAAACACAUAGUUAAACAGUUACUUAAUCAACACAAACAUCUGAAUGUUGGGAAUCAGGACAUUCUUGAAAUUCAUUUUUAGUUUAAACAGAAAUAAUCUUUGUAAUUACAAAGAGCUUUUAAAUUAUCAAAGUUUGCUUAAAACAGAACUGUAUGUAAAGGGAACAAAACAACUUUGGUUAAUGCAGUACACAAAACAAAUUUCUAGCAUUUCUCAAUUUUAAUGUUCUUUAAGUAAAGGGUGUGUAGUUAAAAGGUUGAGAUAAAUAGCUUUUUGUUAUAAAUGCAAAUGUAAUUAUAUAAAUAAAUGUGUGUUUGAACUCAAAUAUCAUGCUUAGGUCUUACAUGUAGACUUGAUUGUGUUUUAUUUGUUAAGCUUGGAAGCAAACGUGCCAUAUGAUUGUUUUUGUGGUUUGCUCACUUAAACUGUAAAUAUAAAUUGAAACAAAAGAAA